AUGUGCGCUCCUGUUUUCUUAAGCCUCUUCGAGCACCAGGAUGACAUCGAUCUGGACGAAGCCAUCCAUACCGGACAGGACCCGGACCAAACAGUCCGCGCAUUUGAAACCAGUCGCAUCGGAAGUCACCUUCCUGAGUUCGUCCAAUUUGAGCAAGAAGUCUACGAUGAAUCCGUGUGGACUGACGGAGGAAAUUCCAUUUCCCCAAGAGAUCCACAGCCUGCUCUUACUCCUUGGCUUCAAGAGCACGACCUCAGCUCCCUUCUCCCACUGGCGCUAGACGUAGAAGGUCUUCUCACCGGUCUCAGACGAUACUACGGACCAGCCGUCGAAGACGAUUCGGUGCAUGAACUCCCCGAAUCCCUUGUUGGGGAGGGUGGCAUCCCCAGCCGUCUGCAGAGUCAGCGUGAAGCCUUGCGGGAUGUCCUGGGCCUGGUGAUGGAUAGGUACUGGCCUCUCGCUGCAAGGCCCGGGGUGGCACCUAUUGCCGAUGAAGUUAUUCCUCAUGGGAAUCCGUGGGAUGGAGGCCCCGAGUGGGAGGAAUUCAAGGCGAGGAUGCCGCCCCAUGUCGUGGAUACGGGGAUUUUUGAGUUCGAUCCAUCACAUGGCCCGCUUCUCCCGCGGUCCCGUUUGAGGCCCCGUGGUAAUAUCGUUCAAGACGUGAUUAAAGACGUCGCCGAGAAGGUCGACGACUCCACCGCCGCCGAGGCAAGCAAUUCCACUGCUGUCGAAGACGAUGAAUACGAAGACGUCGAAGAACAAGUGGAUGGUGAGGAAUAUUUCUCCGAUGAGGAUAUCUGA